AUGGAGCAGACCAGGGUCAACUCUCAGGCUGGUUGUCUGGGAUCUGUGAAGUAUCAGAAGCUACUUCUCCGGGAGUCUGGAUCGGAGGAGGAGGAGGAAGAAGAAGAAAAAGAAGAAGAAACAGAGACAAUGAUAUUUCCAGACUCAGGUCACCAGAGGGCUCGACAAGUAAAUCCUGCCCAAAGCAGGCAAAGCAAGCCUGAGGCCUGGGCCGGAAUACUUGCAGCCCUCCUGCUGUUUGGACUAAGCUUGUACUUGGCUGCCAGACAGCUGCGGGCCAGGGGGGCCUCUGACCAGCACCAGGAAAUGACAGCUCCUAAGAUCCAGAGCCUUGAUCAUCACACAUCUGGACAUCACCACAGUGCUGGCAUUUAUCCACAUGGAGCGGUCAUCAGUGGGUCAGACAUAUGUUCCAUCCUGGGGAGAGACCUGCUGCUGGAUGGGGGGAAUGUAGUGGAUGCAGGCGUGGGAACUGCCCUCUGCCUGGCAUUAGUGCAUCCGCAUGAAACGGGAUUAGGUGCUGUGUUCUGGGCCCUCUUCCACAAUAGUUCAGCCAAUCAAACCCUAGCCCUAACACCAGCUCCAGCGCGGGCUCUGGCCCCUGGCCGGGGGAUGCCAGGGGCUCUGCCUGCCCUCCAUCUUCUGCAUCGAAACCUAGGCCAUCUGCCCUGGUCCCGACUGCUGGCUGACACUGCUGCCCUGGCCCGAGAUGGCUUCUCUGUAGACAAAGCCCUGGCAGAGGCCCUGGCAGAACGGGAUGCAGCAGGCCAGGCCACAGGCCUCUGCCCACUACUGUGCCACCCCAAUGGGACUGUGCUGGGCCAGGGCAGUCAUCUAACCAACCCGGGCCUCGCUGCUGUGCUCCAGAGAGCCGCCCACGCCCCUGAGACUGAUGAUCAGUUUCUGGACUCUCUGCUUCACCCCCUGAGAGAAGAUUUGUACCUAGAAGAGCCCCUGCAGGGCAUCAUGCCCACUCUGGAGCCAGCCCUGCAGCUUGCAUUGCCCCAAGGCCUGUUGUUUACCACCCCAAGUCCCACAGCUGGUGAGCUACUGCUAAAGGUCCUGAAGAACCCCCUGCAGGCAGGGGAGCUGACCUCUGACCCCUGCCCCGAGUUUCUGGCAGCUGCCCAAGAUGUAUAUGCCAGGUUCCCUCCUGCAGCCCCAGUAGGCAGCAUCCUGGCAGCCAUGGACAGUGAGGGCUCUGUACUCCUCCUGACCUCCUCCCUCAACAGCAGCUUUGGCUCUGGGUGGCUAUCGCCAUCCACAGGUAUCCUCCUGAGUGACUUGGUGGGAGGUUCCCACGCUGGCACCUGGGCCUGCCCUGCUCUUUUAUGCUGUGGUCCUGAGAGUGACGUGCUAGCGGUAGCAGCUUCUGGAGGGGCCUCUGCACCCCUGGCCGUGGCCAAGACCCUGCUCAGCCACCUGGUUCUUCAGCAACCCCUGCCCGAUGCUGUCACUCAGCCCCAGCUCCAGAUCCAGCUUGGGUCUGAUGGGGCCCCUCAUAGCUGCAGGAAGACCCCUGCCAAAACACAGGCUCCCAACCCUGAGCCCCUGCUCUUAUUGACCACCCAUGCUGAGCAUGUCAGGGCCACAGGCGUCCCAGCCACCUCCUACCCUUCACAGGGACAUUAG